UAUAUGACUCUGUCCCCAGCAUGGGACAAUUCCUAAAAGCAUAUUAUCUGUUCCUCCUAAAAGCCUUGUCCUUCAUUAAACAUGUGGCCCCAACCUACAGAUGAAAUUCCUAUAGUCCUCUCAGCCACAGUUUAAUGAUCUCCAUUGACCUUCAAUAAAAGCCACAAGAAUAGAAACCCUAAAUCUGUAGGCUAGGCUUUUAUUGGCUUAAUAUGUAACUUAUGGGCUAUACCAUCUCUAUCGGCACACAUUCCUUAGGUUAUAAUGAGAAGGUGUCUCAUGAAUAGGGCUCACCUUGCAAAUGUCUCAUUUCAGAGAGCCAGUGUUCGUCCAGCUGAAGAAGAAAUGAAGUGUUGCCCCCCAAAGUUGUCACUAAUGAGGUUUAAAGUGAAGAAGAGUCCAUGGACCCUGUUCCUCUUCCUACUUAUUACGGUUCCCUUUCUCAUAACAAUAUUUGUGAAGGGAACAGGAUCAUCAAAUGAUGGGCAUGAGCAUUAUCCUUGGCCGGUAGAUGUUAGAUGCCCUGAUGAUGUGCCUCAUGGGAAGAACCAUUCUCUAACUGGCGGAAUCUUCUUCGUGGAGACCUCAGAGAGGACCAGCCCAAAUGCCCAGUUUAUGUGCGCAGUAGAAUCCGCAGUGAGGGCUCACCCCAAUACCCAAGUAACAAUCAUGAUGAGGGGUCUAUACAAGCAAAGCCAGUUGAAGCCCCUAAACCUUGCCUUCCGUCUCUUCCAGUGUUUCCCACAUGUUGACAUCUUACCUUUGGACUUUGAGAAGCUUUUUGCCGGCACCCCUCUGAGCUCUUGGUACUCGGCUGUGGAAAAACACAAAGAGGCCACAGACUUGCCCAUACUCUCAGAUGCUAGCCGGCUUGCCAUCCUUUGGAAAUACGGAGGUGUCUAUUUAGAUACAGAUUUUGUUGUCUUAAAAAGUUUGAAAAACCUCACAAAUUCCAUGGGAACCCAGUCGAUCUACACACUUAACGGAGCUUUCCUCUCAUUCAGACAAGGGCAUGAAUUCAUUGAACUCUGUAUGAAAGACUUUACAGAUUCCUACAAUUUCUGGAUUUAUGGACAUCAAGGACCUCAGCUCUUAACUCGUGUCUUCAAGAGAUGGUGCUCCGUUCGCCGGUUAAGAGACCGCACGAGCUGUCAUGGAGUGACUGUCCUUCCUCGGGAAACAUUCUAUCCAGUUGAAUGGCAGAACUGGAGGAAGUAUUUUGAGAUGAUCAGACCAUCUGAUCUUAAUGAGCUGCUGAGGAACACCUACGCCGUACAUAUCUGGAACAAAAAGAGCAAAGACACCAGACCAAAUCCCGGGACUUUUUUGGAUCAACUGCAGUCACAGUAUUGUCCCACAACCUACAGUUUCAUGAAAACAUCUCUCAUCAUCUCUAAGGGGGCCCAGUCUGAAGCAACUUUCCAUCUACAGUUGAACGAAGAGUCCACCCAACUUGCCAAAGAAAGCAGAUGA